UUCAAAAGCCAGAUUAAGAGUUAAGUUUCAUAGUCUCUCGACUCUCAAUUCGAUUUUUUUGUCUCUCUCUCUCCAAAUCUCUUCUUAAAUUCAUAUUUGGUUCUUCAAUAAUUGAUACGAAACGAAACAUGGCGAUAGAGAAACAAGAUAUUAUCGAGUCGCAGAUCGGACUCAACUUGUUCUCAAAGCCACGUUAUAGUAAGACGGACUGCGAAAAACUCUGCUUCCUCGAUUCUCAGACAUUUAACUCCUUUGGAUCACCAGCUUCUAUUGAUGCAAUCAUCAUCAUCGAUGACGAUGAGGAGGAGGUUACCCUAGAGCCGAAGAGGAAGAAGCCGAGAUUAGGGUCUUGGUGGGACAACGUUGAACCCUUCGACGAAUUAAGUUGCGUGGUCAAGGGGUCACCGGAGGCAAAGGAAGACAACUAUGUUGCAUCAAGAGCAGAUUCAUGUUUUUCUUCUACUGAUCCUCACGAGACGAAGAAGAACGACGAUGAGAGGUCUCUACCGAAAAAGAAGGAGAACGACGAGAGUCUCGGUGAAAGUACUAGUAGGAAUAAGGGUUAUGAACACGUGACCCUUGAGGAUUUAGGGGUUUCGGUGGAAGAUCUCAAGAGUGUCCCAUGGGAAGUGUUACAUCCUACAUGGGAGAUUAGGUCGGAUCCAUGGCUUAAUGGCUACAUUGAAGACCUUGGUCUCUCUUUAGUUUAAUUGCUUCUUUUAGUCUCUCGUGUAUGUUUUGUUUGUUUGGAAUUUGGAUGCUGCUUUUUCAUUCUGCCUAAAUCGAAAUUCUUGACAAAAACAGUUUUUCUUCGGUCAAUUCUUUUGUUUAAAGCAAACAUCUACACUACCAGAGUGAUAUUGUUAGCCAUAUAUCCAUCUCGUCCAUGCGAGAAUUUUAAGUUC